UUGCCGGCAAACAGGAAAAGUAAUCUGUGCACUUAAAUUGAAAAUUAAAUCAUGAAUCUGUUUGAGGAGCUGGACACGUUGGAGCCCUCCUCCAAAAUCGAGCCACCCCGCAUUGAAACACCCACGGCGCACAAGAUAGCCGUGCUGAUAUUGCUGAAGCAAUAUGUGAUCAAUAAGAAGUCCUGUUUGGACACCGGCGUAUCCAUGGGCUCCCAGCGACGUCGCAUGUUCUAUAUUCUUGUCUUCAAGCUGGUCCAGGAGGCCGAUAAGAGCUACAAUGAGCUGCACAGUUUGCUGACCACGGGCAGAUAUAAACUGGACACCCUGAUGCUGGAAUCCUUCGAAAAGGCCAUGGCCGAAUUCUGUGCGGGCAGCAUUGAGUCCCUGUUUGAUUUCACUGAGAUCCAGAACAUCGAUGAGAUUCUAAACGAGAACUACGGCAUAAGCCAGUUCAGCAUGGUGGGCGUUUAUGUGCGCAGAGUGGGCGUGGUCCUGGAACGCCUCAGUUUCCCCGAAAUGAUGGAUAUGUACAAGAACAUCUGCUCCUAUUACGAGCGAGGAGUUCGUGCAGCAGCCUCUGGCUCGAGAAUGGCCGUAGCUGGUGGCAUACUCCACCGGGAAGAGACUCCACCUCCAAAUCCUGUUACGGAAAAGCCUGCAGAUCCUGAAACUGUAAAGAAAGACGAGAUCGAAGCUCUAGAACGCAAUCCGCUUAGCAAAUGGGCGCCAAAACAGGCCAAGUUUUUCAUCAACAAGCAGUCGGUACUGCUGGAGAGCAAUGAGCGGAUGGCUUUGCCGCCUUUGGAGCUGCAAAAGAAGAUCCAGGAGAUCAUACACGACCUGCCACUCACAACCACUCCCUAUUUCCUGGGCUACAUGAACCAGUUGAGGGUGAGGGACUACAAUAACGCACUCUCUGCUCUGCACAGAGCUUUGGAUCGCAGUCCCGUGAGGCUGAUGAGCCAGGAGAAGGGCUAUCAGUACUUCUGCGUCAAUUUGGCAGUGCUGCAUGCCACUUUUGGUCAUCGCGAUGAAGCGCUAGUGGCGCUCAGGGAAAGCAUUAUGUUGGCCCAGGAGCACGGCGACAAAAAGAGUCUCAAUCUGGCCAAUACCUGGUACUGCCUGCUCAGGGAUGAGCUGCCCUUGUCCGCUGUGCAAAAGAGUGUGCAGGAUGCCAACGAAGUGGAUAGGUCUUUGCUGCAGAACUACACUUUGGCCCUGCACUUUGCCGUAAAACUGGGAACAGUGGCUGGCUAUCAGCCCUUGAAACUCUUCGAUCUCCUGCAGCACAGCGACAAUCUCACCAAUCUUAACAACUUUCCAGACCACUCUUCGGAGGCUUUGGCCCUAAGGAGUGCCGUGUGGUCAGCUUAUGGAAGGCACGAACUGGCUGCCCUGUACUCCCAGGUUUUACUAUCAGCCCGCCAUCGUUUUGGCAACGGAUCUUCGGGUCUGGGCAGCGCUUUAGCCAGCUACGCCCUGUGGCUUCAGUUGCAGGGGGAGCCGCAACUAUCUAAAGUGCUGCUGCAUCGGGCUAAGGAGCGUUUUCCACGUAUGCCCAGCGCCGAGAGCUGGAUGAUCAGCCAAUGCCAUGUGGUCAUCCAAGCGGGCAUUUACCAGUGUCGCUGGCAUGAUGCCUUGAAAGCCUGUGAUCAGCUGUAUUUGCUAGACUCCUCGGAUGCCAUAAUGCAAAGGGCUUCGAUAUACGUUGCCAAAAGGGAGUUCUUCAAUGCCAGGCGCCUGCUGGACAAGCUGGCCACGCAGGAAAACCUGCCUUUCCUCCUUAAAAUGCGGGUUCAAGUCCUGCUUGGCUAUUGUGGCAUGGCGGAUGGUCGUUUUUCAAGCGAAACCACUAUGCUUCUGCUGCGCGUGGCCGAGGAAAUGGCUGACUCACAGAUGGAUUACGAGUUGGCCUUGGUGGACCUGCUGUUGUCCCAGCAACUUCUGCUCCUCGGAAUGCCGCAGAAAGCCUAUCAGGCCAUAAAGCGCUGCAUGCACGACAUCCACAUCAAUGGUGGUCUUUACGAGCGGGCCAAAACAGAUUUUGUGUUCGUUCGCUGCCUGCUGGCCAUCAGUCAGAACAAUGUGGAGGAGCGAAAGGCGCAGCUCCUCAAGUCCCUGGACAUCUUGGAGCGAGCCGCUAAAUCGUUCAAGAAGCUCUCAGCUCAUGCCAAAGUUUUGGAUGUUUUUGUGUUCCUGGCCCAGCGUUUUAACGAAUUCGGGGAGCGCAACUUGCGCAACAAGUAUGCUGGCGAGUUCCGGCGUUAUUUCACGGACCAUCCGAUUCCAAGGGAAUAUCUGGGGAGUCCCUAGGCUUGCAUUUUUUGGGUUACUACUUAAACUCUUAAUAUGAUUGAUUAGCUUUCAAAUCAAUAAUGAAACCAAGAUUUGAUAAUUCCAUGUUUAAAGUAUGAUCAGAUCUUCAAUCCACGAUUCUUUUUAGUUUGGUUUGAUUUGUGUGGGCUUAAAAACUGACAAAUCAGUUGAAAUUAUGAAAAAUACUAGCAUUUUUGCUUAGAACUGUCUUUAAAUUAUGUUACCCUCCAAUACUCAGAAUAACAUAAGACAAUAUUAUAAUCAUGAACAGCAAACACAUGAAAACAAAACUUGGACAACUGGAAUUUUAACUAUUAAUAAACGUAGUUUUAUUAAUUGGUUUAAACCGUA